AUGAAGUUCUUCGCCCCCGCCCUCGUCUCGGCCCUGUUUGCAUCCUUGGCCUCGCCUGUUCUGGCCGAGGCGCAGGAGCCAAAGCUGGUCGAGCGCGCUCAGGAGCAGAUGAUCAAGACGGCCAACUGGCACGCCUUCGGUACCUUUUCGUUGAACGUCGACGCAGUCUACGGCAUUCGCCUCUUUCAUUUGACGGCCAACGAGAACGACAUGAACCACAUCUGGCAGCUCGUCGAGCGGGACGGCAACGACUGGAAGCCCGUCACGGGAGAGAUGGCCUCGGGCUACAGCUACACGACCGCCUACGACAGCCACGAGCUCCAAGUGUGGAACGAGCUCAACUCGCCCCUCCUCGACCUCCAAAAGUACUGCAUUUUGUUCACGUACCAUAGCGCAACUACCCCUCUCGCCAUCGACCACGUGCUGCAACGCCCGGUCAGCUGA